GCGUGAGACGUCGUGGGGCGCGGACGUCUUGCCAACCGCUCCGCUCAGUGACAAAAAUUAAUCGCCGUGCGUUCGGGCAGUGUUCAGUGGUGGCCUAACGAUUUUACCGUGACAAAUAAAGUUUUAUGAACAUAUGUGUUUAUAGUACAGUGCAAGGAUAAAUGCGACACCAAAACACGCAGUUUCUGUAAAGGUGGCGGCAGUCGCAUCAAUGGCCUGAAACGAUGUUCAGAACGGCGUCAGUCGAGGGAUCGGGGCCGAGGACGCCGCCCGCCUACGCGCCUCACCCGCCCUACGUGCCCCCUCGCUUCUUCCCGCCCAGGAUCCGAGCGCCGCCCCCACAAUACUGCUUCGACGCAGCACGCUUCGCCUCCGACGCUUCUAAGCCACGCUACCUCGAUGUGGAGCGCGAAAGGCUGGUCACAAGAUGGCUGGCCGAAGCGAACGAAGCACUCGUCAGGCGUGACAGGCCUCCGAGGUACAAGCCUCGGUCUAGCGAACGAAGACCGGACUUUCUAGAUCGGAGACCCAGUGCGCCGGAAUGGGCUGACAACUUUCUUCUAGGCAGAAGAAACGGGUCCGUAGAACCUGAGGAUGAAACUAGUGAACCUAUGACGUUAAAAGAGUUUGUGGACAAGUUUUCUCUUCCAAGAGUGGUGAAGUUUGAGGGGGAGGAUAGGCCAGUGCUGUUGUAUAGAGUGCUGGAAGCCCACAGGAGGGUGGAAGCGGUCCCUCUGUCGGGGAAGAAGGGGAAACUGGUGGGGAAGCCGCUGUACAUCCCUGAUAGUUAUGAUGGGUGGUUUUCGUCAUGUGGAUGCCGAGGGGGUGCGUUGGCGGCGCCACGCGGGUCGGUAGCUGCGUUGCUGCGAGCGCGAGCGUUCGCGCUCGUGUCGCCGCGAGCAAUCUCUGCGUACCGAGCGAGACCUGCGUCGGAGAGCGGGCGAGUGGGCGCGCAGUACGAGCGGGCAGCAGCGCGGCCGGGGACGCCGCUCCGGCUGGCUGGCGUCUUCGCAGACGGCAGCAAGGCGAAAGCGCCCAAGUACGCCCAGCUCAUCGACCCACAGGGGAAUGAGCUCUUCGUGCCCAUCAAUACCAAGGGGGAACUCUACGAGGUGUGCCCUGAAGAACUGUCGCCUGCUGAGUGGGGCUCCGCGGGAGAGGGCCCGGCCUCCGCCCCGCCUCCCGAUGCGGCGGCGAAGGCCCACCGGCUCCCUCACCUGUUGAGCCUGUGGAGGCUGCCGACGAGGGUCCGGCUGCUGGCUGGGACUGUACCUAUUGAGAUGGCACACGAUGUUGGAGACGAUCUUCUACUGCGGGCGGCGGUGACGGAACCGGUGCUGGUGAUGUGCACGCUCCCCGAAUACAACUCCCUGCCCUCCAGCCCGAGCAAGCAGGUCGACCCUCGCUACCACGCCAAGGAGGCUCUCCAACUCCUCCCAUUAAACAGCACGGUCAAGGUCCGCCGCACCCAACUCGGCUUCGAGAACGAGAAGCGAAUGUUCCUCUCCGCCCGUCUCCAGAAAGCACUAACCUUCUGUCAACUCAACGUUGACAACUGGAUCAGGCAAAUCUCCUACGCUAACAACGCUGUGGUUGGCAAAGCGAAGACAGCUGAGGAUCUCAUGAAAGAAGAACAUGAACCCAUCAAGUUUGAGAAAGAAAAGAAGUUCACGCUGCAAGGAUUGAAAAUAGACACGUCUAGGCUAUUUGGGAAAAGCGAUAAGGUGUUAAAGGAUAUCCCGGAUGAAACUGAAGGGUCCAUUAUAUUUUUGAGUAAAAACGAAUUGGAACAUAUGAAUUAUGACGUCUACAGUGAUGAUGAAGGAAAAGACGAUAAGAGUGAAGAUAAAGUGGAGCACGAACACUUCUCCAGUGAUAAGAUGCAGGUGUUCAGGGAAGACUCAGGCCAAAAGAAGAGCAAAUGGUUCAAAAACCUGAAACUGUUAAAGAGUACGGAGAAACUCGAUGAAAAGAUAACGGCAAUAGAAAACACUGAGAAGUUGAGAGACUUCAAAGAUCCGUUUGAUCCUUUAGGGGAAAAACACAGUUCUAUAGAAAGGUAUCAGGAUAUGGCGAAACUAAUUGAAGAUAGAUUUGGUGGGUCGAGGAAAAAUGACAGUACAGCGGAAAAGAGUCAUUCUUAUAAGAGUCUCACUACGUCGUCUUCUGAUAUGGGAACAAGUCAGUGCAGCUCUAACCAUAAAAAACCAGUGCUAACGAAAUCUGUGUCCGUUCAAACAGGAAUGCCAGAUGGCACUUACACCCCUGAAGAAGACAGCGGAAUCAACAUGAAACAUGGCCGCAAAAAUCUUAGCGUGGACCAAAUUAACUACUGUGGUUCCAUGGAAAGUGACACCAGUUCUGGAAGAAAGCUGAAAUCUCUGGAUGAGAACAUGCUCAAAAAAUCAAUGGCUACAAAAUCGUCGACGAACUUGGAAAGGCGACAGAGGAUACAACCAGAUUUGAUUCCAGAAAAGGCCAUGGUCAAGUCAGAAUCUUACAAUCAGAUUCAGAGCUGCGAAGAAAUAAACAUGUUCGGAGUUGGAUCGCUAUACAACGAUAGCGACUUCGAAAUCAAUUACAAACAACAUUCCUACAUUACUGAGAAGCUUUGUUCAGAAUUCCACGUGAAAACUAAAAGGGUUUUGAGCAAGUCUACUUCAAACCUGCUGCAUCCCAAGAAACUGACGGACAAAAAGGAGGGUAGCAACAGCAACAGCAUGCCGACCAAAACCGAACGAACGAACGACGACAAACUCUCUAAUUUUAGGAAGAAAAUCGAUAAACCCAGAGCACCAACGCCCAAAUCUGAAAUAGAGGAAGAUCUCACUCCUAUUGACAUUUCUGAAGAAGAGCCUCAUGUCCAAGUGAAGAUAAGGCGGUCGAUAUCUUCUAUACAAAAGCGUAAAUUGCCUGUGAUAGAAGAUUUACCUUACGGACAAGUGGCAGACGCUGUUGAAAUCGAAGAAGAAAAAGCAGUCUCUGAUGCUAGCUCUGACAACAUUUACGCAGAGAUUUGCACUCCGAACGGCAACAAGACAAGCGAUGAAGAAAACUACGAUAACAACGUAGACAUACUGGCUACGGACCCUGUGAUUUGUAACGUUAAGAAAGAAGUGAUAAUUAGAAACGACGAGCGAGCGAGACAGAUGAUAGAGAACCAAGAGAAUCCUUUCAGACAUAUCGAAGUGGUGGUCAUAGAGAAAACCACAGACUUUGAUUUAGAUAAUUCGAGCGUUACGUCCAGUGAGCUAGACGAUUUAGGUAGCAAGAACGACGUGUCUAUCAUCGAUUCUUGGGAGCGAGAUAAGGUUACUCUCUCGGAUCAGAAAGUCCAUGCGAUCAGACUAGAAAUAACCAGCAAUAUGGACGAUUAUCCGGUUGAUAACGAACAGAAUAUAGAUAGGACAGACGUUUUGAUAAGCAAAGACAAUUUGAGCUUUAGUAACAGCAUACACUUGAAUGGUACUUACCCUACAGAGGCCAUCUACGAUACUUUAAAAUAGUUUUAUACAUGAUAUCACAAUUUUUGUGCAGUCACGAUGUAGAUUUUUAAGUGAAAAUGUUGUAUAUUUGUCUAAAAAGUCAAAUGUAAUACCAUUUUCGGAGGUUCACUACAGCUUUUCAUUAUUUUAUUGUAUCAAUAAUUUUUAGCGCAAUGAUAUAAUUUUAGCAAUAUUUUGUAUGCCAUUAACAUAAACUGUUGAAGAAAAUCUGAAAUUUCUAGUUACAGAUUACCUCUUCAGAGAAAAUAUACAGAAAUGUAUAAAUAAACAUCACAACGUAAUAGAACUUAUGUAUAAGUUAUGACCUAAUUAUAGAACGUAAGACUUUUUAGACAACUACCCUACCUAUGUACUUAGUAACCACUAAUUAAAGUAUAAUAUUGACACGAAGUGUACCAAGGGAGUGUUGCACACUAUAGCAUUACUAUAGCACCUUAUUAGGUACCAGAGUGCAAUAAAACUAUGUGCUUUCAAAUAUAUGCGAUCAAAUUUAAAAAUUAAAGCUAUUGGUUCAACAUCGAAUCAACAGGUGACUAGAAUGACUGGUAGAGAACGAUGUAAAGCAUUAAGUCCGCCUUAGACAAAUACUUCUGCUAGAGAUUCGACUUCAAAUCAAUCUAAAGGUGCAAGUAAAAUUUCCAGACUCGUAUUAUAGAAUGACUGGUAGAGAAUUUUAAGGCAUUAAGUCCGCCAAUCGUACUUUAUUUCUGCAAUAAAAUUUGAAUAAAUUAGGCUUACAACUACUUAAGUUCGAAUUCAAUUAUUAAAGCCUUUGGUUGGCUCAAUUUCAAAAUUUGGACCUAGCACACGUUUGAUUCUAGUUUCAUAGUUGAGUGUCAUUUUAUGAUACGGGUCUCAAUUCCAAGUACCCAAUCUCAGCAAAUAAAUGACUAAAAUGGUCACAUAUAUUUGAAGGACAGGAUAAUAAUAAUUCAUUUAUUAUUCAACAGUCUUAUUAACAUAAUUAUAGCCUACUCCGACAACUGAUAGCAAAAUGUAUAAGCCUAUUAUAAAUUUAUGCGAUUUGUCAUAAAUGUUACUGAAUAGAAUACAUAAUUCAUAAUUAUACGAACCGCGCGGAUUAAUUACCAUACUUUGGAGAUAAUUUAAAUAUACUCAAAUAUAAUUUUGCACCUUUAAAAAUACAUUAAUAAUAAAAAUACACCCUUAUUUUAGAUAAAGAAACAUCCUUAUUUUAAAAAUCAAUAAUGUACUUUUUACUUAAAAAAAUUGUUAACAUCUGUGUAAGUAAAUUGUAAUUUUAAAAAUCUAUAAAUCACAAAACACAACAAAAAAUAUUUUUAAAAAUAAUUUUCUAAAUGGUAUCUUUUAAAAAUAUUAUUCUAAAUGGUAUCUAGAAUAAGGGUGUAUUGGCCGUGUUUAAAAAAAUAGGUAUUAAUAUCUUCCCUAUUGAUCCAAGAUAUCAAAAACUUUGAUUGGUGCUAUAUUUGGUGCUCAAAAACUAGGAUAUUUAACCUUAAGUUUCACAUAUCACAUGACAAUUUUGUAAAUUGAUUGUACCAUAUAGAUAUAGUGUUGUGUAAAAAUAAAAUUCGUUGUAAGUCUGACGCUCUCCAUGGAAAAUUUGUCCAUGAAAUUAAUAUUAUGGAAAUUCAAAAAUAUAAAAAUUAUCAAAAUAACUAAACUUCUUUUCUUUUAUGUUUAUGUGCCUACCUAUUUUUAGAACAGAAAUCAAAGAUUUG